AUGUCCUACUCGCACGAUCAACAGCACCCGGAAUCCGUGAUAGCCAAACCAAAAUGCUAUCGCAUCCAGAUGAUACCAAGCGCAACCACAGAAGAUCAAGUAAAGAAAAUGAUCAAUGAUAAUCUGCCAACUCCGCUAGAUGGGCUACGAAUCACUCUUGCCCCAUCACCCCCCCGCUGGCUCACUUCCACCGUUGUGUUACGAGAGGCCCUUAAGACGUUCGAACAUCCUGUUGAUGACGACUUCAUUGGCAUAACACCAUUUUAUGGAAACGAGCUUUCGAUGGUAGACAUCAUCACCGUUCCAGGGUUGGGAAGCAAUGCGUUCAGUGGCUUCAAAGUGAAGAAUGGAACAGCUAACUGGAUCCGCGACUUCCUCCCAGAGGACAUCCCUAAGGCUAGACUUUUGACAUAUGGCUAUGCCAGUUCGCUUGCUGCCACCGAUGCAAAAUAUUCCGUUGGGGACUUGGCCAAGACCUUCUUGGACUCUUUCAUAACCUUUCGUGAAGACACGAAUACAUCUCAGAGGCCAAUCAUCUUAAUUGGACAUAGCCUCGGUGGGCUGGUAAUCAAAGAGGCUUUGGCAAUCGCGCACAACGCUGCUAGUGAUGACCGAUACGGCAACUUUUGCAAGUCCUCCUAUGGCUUCGUCUUCUUCGGUGUUCCAAACCACGGUAUCCGGCGCGGGAGCCUGAAAGAUAUUGUAGUUGGCCAGCCCAACGAGCAGCUAAUACAUGAUCUCGAAGUAGAUAGCGAGGGCGAGCCGACUCCUUAUCUUCGAGAACUAAAGAAGAAAUUCCUUGACAGCUGUAAAUCACAGGCGCACCCGUCCAAGGUCAUUCUAUAUUAUGAGCUGAGGAAGACGCCAUCUAUUAAAAGGGCCGACGAUGGGGCCAUUUCUGCCUCUGGUGACCCAAAAUUCAUGGUUACGCAGGACUCAGCUUGCCAAAUUGGCCUGGAAGACAACGAAAUCAACAAGCAUGCUAUAGAUGCGGACCACUCCAACUUGGUUAAAUUCGCAAACCAGGUCGAUGCUAAUUACUCCCGGGUAUUGAGCCAAUUGAAGCGGAUGGUAACGGAAGCACCAGAAGUAGUGCUUCGUAGAUUCGAAGAACAUCGGCUAUCCUCAUCGCAGACGGGAGCCAGCAAUCAGUCACAUCACAUUGCGCAGGAUGAGGCCAAUGUUAACCCGAUGCUUCAGCCUGGUAAUGACGAGGAUGAGUGCAUCCGAGAGCUGUUUCUCACAAGCCCAGCCAGCGACCGUGAUGAAAUUAUCACUGCAAAGGGAGACAGGGUCGACGGCACAUGCGAAUGGAUCACAUCCACUGUUGAGUAUACUGAGUGGAUGAAAUCUACCUCCGGCCUUCUCUGGAUAGUCGGUGGACCUGGAAAAGGCAAAACGUUCCUCUCCAUCUAUCUCACCGAGAUUCUGGAUAAUGCCGGGAGCACCUUGAUUUAUUUCUUCUGUGAUAACAAGAUCUCUUCUCGCAAUACACCCUCGGCCGUUCUUCGCGGGAUCAUGCAUCAACUGAUCGAGCGACACCCCCGGCUCGUGAAGCAUCUUGUACGGCCUUGGCAGCUUCGAGGGUCCGCAUUGUUUAGUGACAGCGGAUUCGAAAGUCUUUGGGGAAUAUUCCAAUCCAUGGUUGAAGAUUUGAAAGGGCUCGAGCUUUGCUGUGUCCUUGAUGGCCUGGACGAGUGCAAUGAACAUUCUCUACAACAGCUUCUUCGGAAAAUAGAGUCGUUGUUUAACGAGCAUGGCGGAAAACAAACACUAAAAAUGAUUGUCGUCAGCAGGAGGCACCCUAACUGCCUCGAGAGUACUUUGGGUUCAUUCAGUCAGAUUAGCCUGGACUCGGCUCAUGAAAACAAUGUUAAAAGCGACAUAGAUUCCUAUAUUGCAGUCCGGUUAGCUGACCUCACCAAGAAACGGCCGAUUCCACAAAGUCUGGCCAAUCACAUUGAGGAGACGUUCCACGAAAAGUCCCAAGGUACAUUUCUUUGGGUUAGUUUCAUGAUGGAGGAUUUCCAUAAUAAGAGUGUUGCUAGCAUUGAAAAGGCCUUGGAUAGUCUUCCUUUUGGUCUUGACGAGGUUUACGAGCGGAUUCUCUUGCAGAUCCAACCGGAAAAUAUGGCCAUCAUCACAGAAAUCUUGAAUUGGGUAGCUUUGUCCCCCAAACCACCGAAAGUGGCACAGCUUGCUGAAGCGGUGGGGAUCCAGGCUUCAGAACAUUUAUCUCGGAACCAAAUCUGUCUGCACCAUAUCGAGUCUUGUGGCCAUUUACUCCAAGUACACGAUAACGACUGUUCCUUACUUUCGCAGGACGGGAACGAAACCGAAAAAUCAAUGUUCAACUCCACAGAGAAAUCCUCCUCAACGGUUACUCUUGUUCAUCAGAGCGCGAAAGACUUUCUAACUCAACAAAACCUAUCGCCAAGAAUUAAGUCGUUCCAAGUUCAUGAAGCCCGUGGUGAUCUUUUAAUUAUGGAACGACUUCUGUAUUUAAUGCAAGGGGACUGGAUUCGAGUUUUACCCGAGAUAGGUUUUCAAGGCAAUGCUUCGUAUCCCCUGCUUGACUAUGCGAGGAAAUGGUGGACAUAUCACUUAAGACAGCUCAAAAACAAAGAUCUGUUGAACUUGGUUGAGAAAAACAAAUCAUUCUUUGCAGAUCAUUCGGAUAUUAGAGAUCGUUGGGACGGUUCCGAGAAAGGUCGUCCUGUACUUCAUUUUGCAUGCGAGCAAGGGCUUGUUGCCUUGGUCGAGAAGGUUUUGAAACGGAAGAGACGAAAUCCGUUUACCUUCCAAAGAUAUAUUGACAAGCCAUGGCCAGACACGCCGCUUGCUAUCGCAAUCGAUUGUCGACAUGACACUCUCGUUGAGAUGCUAUUGAAGUUCGGGGCGAUAGUUAAGAGACAUCACAUAAACCGUGCCGCUUUUUCCGAUCACCUCAACAUCUUUGAACUCCUUUCCGAAACGAAAAGUGGCAAAAGGUUUAUCAAAAGGGACCUUGCUUCACGGCGUUCAUUGAUGUAUAUCGCUAUCAGGAUGGGCGACGAGAAGCUGUGUCGGCUUCUUCUGGAGAGAUACGGGUACAAUGUAGAUGCUCUAACCGUGAAUCAGUCCCCUCUACUUGUUGCAAUUAGUUGGGGGCAUUAUGAAAUUGCAAGGGUGCUUGCUGCCGGCUACGGUGCCAGCACCAAUAAUCAUGAUGAGAUCAUCUCGGCACUAAUUGAAGGCUACCGUCAGUUUGAACGAUACCGUCCUUCCGCACCCUGCAAAGAGCCACUGCAGCUGAUCUUUUCCGAAUGGAAAGUCGACAUAAACCGACAGGAUAGGACUGGGCGCACAAUACUUCACUUAAUUCUUCAGGAGAUCCCAAGCGUCUCGGAAGACGGCUAUAAACUUCUCAGACAGUGUUUGGCCGACGGAUGUGAUCCAACGCUCAGAACCAUGGAAGGCGAGUCCCCCCUUCACUCGAUUAAAUGGUUUGCCCCACGCAAGGACCGCCAUUACAGAGAAAUGGGUCUCUUCCCGAUGAGAAGGGUCAUUUUAUUGAUGGUCGAAGGCGGACUCGAUAUCAACAAUCCAGGAAAAGGAGGGAUUCUCCCACUCCACCGACUCAUACAAGAUGCAUUCGAUCCUAUGAUUUCCCAGCACAAAGUGGACAGUGCUGCUAAAAUUAAGGGUCUUAGCCGGCUUCUUGAUCUUGGCGCCGAUAGAAAUAUCAAAACAUCGCUGGGACUGACCGCCGUACAAGUCGCCAAACAGUGCUAUGACAUGAUACAAGACAUUGAGGGCCACGAAGGAUACUGUGCAGAAACGUUGGCGGAAAUCACCGACGUACUAGAGAACUAUGCCACUGUGACCAACGCAGUACAAAAUCUAGCCUAUGCAGGUUUUGAAUCCUCAGAAGGACCGGAAAGCUUCGGGAUGUCGGAUUUUUGGAAAAGAAAAGAAGAGGCUCAGGUCAACCUAGGUAAACGAUCCUGCCGUUGA